UGUCGCUAGGGUCUGUCGAUGUGUCAUUUGUUUGUCAGGAAAAUUCUCUGGAAUUUUGCGGGUGUGAGGAAAAAAAAGUGUCUUUUUUGUGAUUUUUAGUGAAAAUUGCCCCGUUAUCUGAAGCAUGGAUGGAGUGUCGCCACAAAAGGAAGCUCCUCCGCUCUUUGACAAUGUAGACAUCACAAGUCCCGACGAGGAAAACGACAUUUUCGAAUCUGCCGUGCAGGAGCCACUCUCGCCCACGAUGGAGGAAGUGGAGACAAAUGACAAUGGGGACCAGUACAUCGAGAUCACGGUGUCAGAACCACAGAAGAUGGGCGACGGAAUUGGCUCUUUUAUUGCCUACAAGGUAUCAACAAGCACGAACAUAAUGAAGUUCAAGAAGCGCCAGUUCAGCGUCAUCCGUCGCUUCAGUGAUUUUCUCGGGCUGCAUGAUAUUCUGGUGAGCAAAUACCUGCGCUGCGGUCGGAUAAUUCCGCCGGCACCGCAGAAGAAUAUCAUUGGGAGCACAAAAGUGAAGAUGGCCCAGCCUCAGGCUGAGCCUGGAACUGGCUUGGGCAUGGAAUGGGUGGAGAAUAGACGAGCUGCUCUCGAGCGAUAUCUCAAUCGCACGGCACAGCAUCCAAUUCUCUGUGUUGACACGGACUUUAUUAACUUCCUGGAGAGUGAUCAGGAUCUGCCCAGGGCUGUCAAUACGGCUGCCCUGAGUGGAGCUGGUGUCAUGAGGAUGUUCAAUAAAGUUGGUGAGACUGUCAAUAAGAUCACGUACAAGAUGGAUGAGAAUGAUCCGUGGUUCGAGGAGAAGAGUGCCGAAGUGGAGAAUCUCGAUAUGCACAUGCAGAAAUUGCAUGCUUCGAUCAAGGCAUUGGUGCAGCAUCGGAGGGAAUUGUCGCACUUGACGGGAGGAGUGGCCAAAUCAGCGGCUCUGCUGAGUACCUGUGAGGAGCACACAGGACUCUCCAGGGCACUGAGUCAAUUGGCCGAUGUGGAGGAGAAAGUUGAAUUGCUGAGGUCAGAACAGGCCAAUUCUGAUCUGUACAUCCUGUCGGAGACGCUCAAGGACUACAUUGGGCUCUUUGGGGCCAUCAAGGACGUUUUUCACGAGAGAGUCAAGGUCUUUCAAAAUUGGCAACAUGCCCAACUGCAGCUGACAAAGAAGCGAGAAAAUAAGGCAAAGUUGGAACUGGCGGAGCGAAAGGAUAAAUUGGAUCAGGCACAGAAGGAGGUGGAGGAAUGGGAGUGCAAAGUACAGCGCUGUCAGAAGGAGUUUGAUGACAUUUCCACGGAAAUUAAGCGGGAGAUGGAGAGAUUUGAAAUCAAUCGUGCUAGAGAUUUCAAAGCCACAAUUAUUAAGUAUUUAGAAGAUCAAAUGGCUCAUCAGCAACAGUUGAUUAAAUACUGGGAAGCCUUUAUUCCAUCCGCUCGAGAGAUUGCAUGAAAGUUGGAGGAUGAUCUGAGAGCAUCCGGUGUAAAUAGACAGCAAUCCAAUAAGGUAAUUAUUUCUACAUCUAAAAAUAACCUCAAAGCAAAUAUUGCUUUGAGUUAAAAAAAAAGAAAAACAAAUAUCUGUGGAUAUAAAAACAAAAAAAAAAGAGAACGCGAAAUAUUGUACAUUGCUGUAAUUCAAUCAAUUUCUUGAAUUACUGAAUAAUUCUGUGCAAAAUGACAAUUUAUUAUUUUUCACCUUGUUCUCUUUAUAUAAAUUUAUAUAUUUUUUCGUGUGUAAAAAAAAAGUCACCCAAUGAUAGCAAUUUUUACUGAAAAUUAUUUUUUCUCCAUAGCACAUCUUCACGAAGAACAAAUCUCUUUCACUCAAAAAGUAAAUAUUUUUGUAAAAAAAUGAAAAAUUUUGAAAAGAAAUAUUUCCAAACUCGCCAAGAAAAAAUGCUAAUGCUUUUUUCACCCACAAAAAAAAAAAAACAAUCUUUUCCACUUUAAAAUCUUUGAAAAUAAAAAAAAGAUUUUCCUCUUUUAGAAACAAAGUGAAAUCACUCGAUGAUAGAAAAAAUAAAAAUAUCAUUCCAUUUAGUCGGAGAGAAAGAAAAGAAAUAAAACAAUGAAUAUUGCUAAAUAUAAAAAAAAAUAUAUUAAAGUAAGAUUUUUAAAAGUAAUUAUAAAAAAAGGAAGAUAAAAUUCAUUAGAAUAAUGAAAUAAUAUAUUUUUCCGUCUCGAUUUUUAAUUUGACGUACGUUUAGGUGAUAAUUAAAAAAAAAAGAAAGAAA